GUUGUAAAUUGUCGUUCAAACUCAAAGAUCGAAAGAAUUCCUGUGCGAGAAAAGGGCAACGACUGAUCCAGAGUCUAACAUCUCUGACAACAGUUUAACGAUCGUUUUGAUUCAACACCAGCUUCAUUAUGAGUGUCGAUGAAAUCUGCGAGAACACCAAGAUGGGGAGGGAGUACGCUCUCCUGGGAAACUACGAGACAUCGCUGGUCUACUACCAAGGGGUGCUCCAACAGAUCCAGAAGCUCCUGACAUCUGUCCAUGAACCCCAACGCAAGCACCAAUGGCAAACUAUAAGACAGGAACUGUCCCAAGAAUACGAGCAUGUGAAGAACAUCACCAAGACCCUGAACGGUUUCAAGUCCGAGCCUGCUGCUCCGGAGCCAGCACCCAACCACAGGGCUGCCCCCUUCAGUCACCAUCAGCAUGCAGCCAAGCCAGCUGCUGCCGAGCCGGCAAGGGACCCAGAUGUCUGGCCUCCACCAACCCCAGUGGACCACAGGCCAUCCCCACCAUACCAGAGGGCUGCACGCAAGGACCCGCCCCGUCGCAGUGAGCCUAGCAAACCAGCCAAUCGUGCGCCUGGAAAUGACCGUGGAGGGCGUGGCCCCUCAGAUCGUCGUGGUGAUGCUCGUUCCGGUGGUGGUGGACGAGGCGGAGCCAGGGGAAGUGAUAAAGACAAGAAUAGAGGUGGAAAAUCAGAUAAGGACAAGAAGGCCCCAUCAGGCGAAGAGGGUGACGAGAAGAAGUUUGACCCAGCUGGUUAUGACAAAGAUCUGGUGGAAAAUCUAGAAAGAGACAUUGUACAGAGGAACCCAAAUGUUCACUGGGCUGAUAUUGCUGGUCUGACUGAAGCCAAGCGUCUGCUAGAAGAAGCAGUGGUUCUCCCUCUGUGGAUGCCUGAUUACUUUAAAGGAAUCAGAAGACCUUGGAAGGGGGUUCUGAUGGUGGGGCCGCCGGGGACAGGUAAAACCAUGCUGGCCAAGGCAGUAGCCACCGAAUGCGGGACGACGUUCUUUAACGUGAGCUCUGCUUCGCUGACUUCGAAAUAUCAUGGAGAGUCGGAAAAGCUUGUGCGGCUCUUGUUCGAGAUGGCACGAUUCUACGCCCCUAGCACCAUCUUUAUCGAUGAGAUCGAUUCCAUAUGCAGCAAGCGUGGAACAGGGUCUGAACACGAGGCUAGCAGGAGGGUCAAAUCUGAACUCCUCAUUCAAAUGGAUGGUGUGUCUGGACCUAGCGCUGGUGAGGAGAGUAGCAAGAUGGUCAUGGUGCUCGCUGCCACCAACUUCCCCUGGGACAUCGACGAAGCUCUCAGGAGACGUCUGGAGAAGCGAAUCUACAUUCCACUGCCAGAAAUCGACGGACGUGAGCAGCUCCUUAGAAUCAACCUGAAGGAAGUGCCUCUGGCUGAUGACAUUGACCUCAAGAGCAUCGCUGAGAAGAUGGACGGCUACUCAGGAGCUGACAUCACCAAUGUUUGCAGAGAUGCAUCUAUGAUGGCGAUGCGCCGUCGCAUCCAGGGGCUGCGGCCGGAGGAGAUCCGCCACAUCCCCAAGGAGGAGCUCAACCAGCCCAGCACGCCCGCAGACUUCCUGCUGGCGCUCCAGAAGGUCUCCAAGUCCGUCGGCAAGGAGGACCUGGUCAAAUACAUGGCGUGGAUGGAGGAGUUUGGCUCCGUUUAGAGAGGGAGCCACCUGUGGGGGGGGGGGUACCGUUGAUUUUACUGCCUUUACCUUACCUUCCUUAGCUUUUGAUGUUAGUCAAGAUAAGAAAGUGUUAAUAUAGUAAGGAAAUGUUAUUUCUUGGUGAAUUUAGAUUUCCCUUACCUUUUAAUAUUCUCUUUCUCUAUCUCUCCUGUGAUAUACAUCUAUAGAAAAUUGUGUAUUUGGUACAGAUUUAUUGUUAUCAAUUGUAAUGGUAUAUAUUCCAGUUUUCUUUUGCAUAAAUGAUGAACGAAUAAUUGAUAAAAAAUAACAGGCCAUGGUUAUAAUUUGCCCAAAUUUUGCAAUAAGCAGAGGUGAUUUUAUUGAAAGGGGGAUCAAAAUGUUGAUUGUGUGAAGAUUAUUAUGUUUUGGAAUUUAACGGCAAUGAUAUGACGAGCAUUUUAUUAUCGAAUUGAUUUCUUAUUCCGUCCAAGUGUGGUGAUAUAGUUUGCAGUUAAUAGAAAAGGACAAAAGUGUAUAUGUGUGGUUGCUGACAUAAUCUGAGUUGAUGAUGAAUUCGUGAAAGCAGCAAUAGACUGGUAGAGAUAUUUAGUUAAAGUGUGUGAUAUUAUUAUAGAUGCUAGCCAUUAGAUACAA